CAUCACAUCACUUCUGUCUUCUUCCCUUCUUCUCUUCUUCUUCUUCAUCGUGAGUUGCGACAGAGACUGAGAGUCAUGGAGGAAAGCUGGAAAGGAAUCCUAGCCCUAGCGUCUACCUUAGAAACGUCGACGAUCGACGAAGGAAUCAAGGAAAGGAACCCUAGGCCCUAGCAGACUGGAGUGGACUGACCGACCGACUGUGCCUCUUGGGUAUUUGAUGAAUAGAUACACAAAUAAUGGCUGGUGUGAUCGACUUGUAAAGCCAAGGAAGACGAUGAAGGCAGCUGCGAAAAUCCAUCAUCGCCUCAGUAUCACACGCUACUACACUUGGCACCACCACCUCUCCACCAUCCAAUCCAAAUCCCAACUCCUAAAAUCCUACACUGUUACUCCCCCAAUCAAACCUUGGCCUCAAAGACUCCACCCCAAACGCCUCGUCUCCAUCAUCACCUCCCAACAAAACCUAGACCUUGCCCUCCAAAUCUUCUACCAUGCCGGCAACUACCACCCCGGCUUUGAACAUAAUUACCAGACCUAUCAUUCCAUCAUCCACAAGCUCGCUCGUGCCCGUGCCUUUCAACCACUUGAGACCCUUCUUUCCCAGCUACACAAAUCAGGCAUCAAGUGUGGUGAGAAUCUCUUUAUUGAUGUCUUACGUAAUUAUGGACUCGCCAGCCGUCCUAAAGACUCCUUACGCACCUUCUUGCGGAUCAAGGACUUUGGUGUCACGGUGUCCGUACGCUCUUUGAACACCCUUCUAAACGUUUUGAUUCAGAACAGAAAAUACCGAUUGGUACAUGCUUUGUUCAGAAAUAGUCGAGAGAAGUUCAAUAUCAUACCAAAUGUGUUCACUUGUAACAUUCUUUUAAAAGCGUUUUGCAACAACGGUGACAUAGAAGGUGCACUCAAGGUGUUGGACGAAAUGCCAGCCAUGGGCAUGGUACCAAAUGUCGUGACUUAUACUACUCUAUUGGGAGCUUAUGUCCACAAAGGGGAUAUGAUAGAAGCAAAGAAGAUGUUUGAUCAAAUUCUUGAUCGAGGAUGGAUUCCUGACGCCACCACUUACACAAUCUUGAUGGAUGGGUUUUGUAAGAAAGGAAGAUUGGUUGAUGCUGUCAAAGUGAUGGACGAGAUGGAGGAUAACAAAAUCGAGCCAAAUGAUGUCACUUAUGGGGUUAUGAUUGAAGCUUUUUGUAAAGAAAAGAAGACCGGUGAAGCUUUGAAUUUGCUAGAUGAUAUGUUGGAGAAGAAAUACGUGCCGACUUCUGCUCUUUGUUGUAGGUUGAUCGAUGUUUUAUGCGAGAACGGGAAGGUGGAAGAUGCGUGUGAUUUAUGGAAGAAGCUUUUGAGGAAGAAUUGUACUCCCGAUAAUUCGAUAUCAACUACACUGAUACACUGGUUGUGUAAAAAAGCGAAGAUUCGGGAAGCUAGAAAACUGUUCGAUGAGUUUGAAAAGAGUUCGAUUCCAAACGUUUUAACGUAUAAUACCCUGAUUGCCGGUAUGUGUGAGAUGGGGGAGUUGUGUGAAGCUGGUAGGUUAUGGGAUGAUAUGGUGGAGAAGGGUUGUGUUCCUAAUGCAUUUACAUAUAACAUGUUGAUCAAAGGGUUUUGCAGAGCUGGUAAUGCAGAGGAAGGGAUGAAGAUUUUGGAAGAGAUGUUGGAGAAGCGGUGUCUGCCGAAUAAAAGUACGUACUCUAUCUUACUUAUGGGACUGUGUGACUCGGGGGAUGAAAGGAACGUGAUGAAGGUACUUGAUAUGGCUGCGGGUUUAAGCGGACAAGCGAUGGAUGCAGAUGUUUGGCAAGUUCUGGUAACUAGGUUUGGUAGUAAUCGGAGAAACAAGGUGGAAGCCAUUCUUGAUUCAGUUUUGGUCAAGGAAGCUGAUUAGGUAGACGAGAACAAAAUGGCCAACAUUUUCUACUUGUCCCGUGUCCCAAUAGAUGAGAUGAGAUUUUAAGUUUAUAGGACCAAACAAUAAAUUAAAAGGUCUUGUUUAAGUUGUGUUGUAGGAAGUGACAUUUUUUCAAAUAAUAUUGUAUAACAAGAAUUCUUUUUAUUGUAUUA